UUAGGAGGAGGAGGAGGAGGCAGGGAGCGAGCGAGUGCCCAUGGUGAAUCAAUGGAAACCCCCUCAUGAAGCCGGGAAAACACUUCAGCCGCAGCCAAAUAGCAUUGAUUAUUUUCCUUCACUUCCCUCACCGCCGUGAAUUUAUUUAUUUAUUUUUUCCAUCUCCGUCCCCGACGCCCCGGAGUGAGCGCUGGAGGGAGGGAGGAGGAGGGGAAAAAAAAGGAAUCAACACAUCGAAGAAGUCCCUUCCAAGAGCCGCCCCCUCCCCUCCCCGCCUCGCGCUGCUCGGCGGCCGCGGUUCGACUCCCGUCCCUGCUUCCAGCUGAGGUAGUACUGGCUACCACGCUGAAAUGAACCCCCAGCGCGCUUCCGUCUACCAUGGCCACCCUUAACUCAUCCUCUACUGCUGGCACCACCCCCUCCCCUGGGCACAAUGUCCCGUCCCCACCUCCGGACACCUCCUCCCUCGACACCCCCUUUGAUCCUGUCACCAAAGAUCCCCCUGCUGCCCCCUCCUCCUCUGAGAGCAUGAGGCCCUCAGAGCCAGGGGGACAGCCCCUGGAGUCGGGCUGUGACCUCGUCCCACCAAAGGAGAUUGGGGAGCCCCGACAAGAGCCUGACUGUGGUGGCUUCUUGCCAAAGGACCUGGGGGCAGAAGACAAGGCCGAGGAGGAGGGACGAGGAGGGCUUCCUCCCGUGGACCUGAGCAACCACUUAUUCUUCACAGCUGGCGGUGAGGCCUGCCUGGUGGCCGCACUGUCCCUGCCAGGUGGCGGUGAACUCCUGUUACCAAAGGGCUUCCCCUGGGGGGAGGCGGGCAAGGGAGAGCCCAGCCCGCCCCUCCUUGCCCACCCACCCCAUGCACACCUCACCACCCUUCAUAUCCAACAUGGCUUUGACCCAAUCCAAGGCUUUAGCUCUUCUGACCAAAUUCUGUCCCACGAUACCUCAGCGCCAUCUCUGGCCGCCUGUGAGGAAAGAGAUGGAGCCUUCUGGAGCUACCAGCUGGCUCCAAACCCACCUGGAGAUCCCAAAGAUGGCCCCACGGGGAGCAGGGGGCGUGACCACAGGGCACCCUUCUGGCUGUGCCUCCUGUGCCGCCUGGGUUUCAGCAGGCCGCAGGCCUUUGCGGGUCACGUACAGUCUCACGGGGUGAAGCUCAGCCCUGCUCAGCACCAGGGUGUGCUGGGCAACCCCGCUGUGCUCCAGGAGGGGGGUGAGGGCUGCACGGCCCUCCUACGCUUUCUGGAACCAAAAUUGCCCACUCACCCCCUUUUGGAAAUGCCCUCUGACAACAGCAUCACAGUGAGCAGGGAGGCUAACGUAGUCCAGACCGAGGACUGCGCGCCUGAGGCUGAGGCCCAGGCCCUCGUCCUGCCCACGGAAGAAGUCAUUGCCCUCAGCCCACCCUCCCCGCCCCCAACCCCAGCCACCUGGGACCCCAGCCCAACCCAAGCCAAAGAAAUGCCAAUGGCGGCAGGUGAGGCCGGGCCUGAUUGGUUCCCCGAGGGGCAAGAAGAGGAUGGAGGGCUCUGCCCCCCACUCAACCAAAGCUCACCUGCCUCCAAGGAGGGGGGCACCCUCCUCGCCCCAGGGAGCUCCCCUGAAGACCCCAGCGACCCACCUCAGUCCUACCGCCCGGCCGACGACUACACCCCAGCCCCGGCAGCCUUCCAGGGCCUCAGCCUGUCCAGCCACAUGUCUCUGCUCCACUCCCGCAACUCCUGCAAGACGCUCAAGUGUCCCAAGUGCAACUGGCACUACAAGUACCAGCAGACCCUGGACGUGCACAUGCGGGAGAAGCACCCGGAGAGCAACAGUCACUGCAGCUACUGCAGCGCUGGGGGCGCCCACCCUCGCCUGGCCCGCGGGGAGAGCUACAACUGCGGCUACAAGCCCUACCGCUGCGACGUGUGCAACUACUCCACCACCACCAAGGGCAACCUCAGCAUCCACAUGCAGUCUGACAAGCACCUGGCCAACCUGCAGGGCUUCCAGGCCGCGCCGGGCGGGCAGGGGAGUCCCCCAGAGGCAGCCCUCCCGCCCCCCGCGGGGGACAAGGAGCCCAAGACCAAAUCGUCCUGGCAGUGCAAGGUGUGCAGCUACGAGACCAACAUCUCUCGCAACCUGCGCAUCCACAUGACCUCCGAGAAGCACAUGCAGAACGUCCUCAUGCUGCACCAGGGGCUGCCCCUCGGCCUGCCCCCUGGGCUAGUGGGGCCCGGCCCCCCGCCCCCCGCGGGGGCUGCCCCCGCCACCCCGCCUGAGCUCUUCCAGUACUUCGGCCCGCAGGCCCUGGGGCAGCCUCAGGCGCCCUUGCCCAGCCCUGGGCUGAGGCCAGACAAGCCCCUGGACCCCCAGCUGCUUCUCAACGGUUUCCACCACCUUGGGGCGCCUGCCCGCAAAUUCCCCACACCAGCCCCUGGCAGCCUCUCCCCGGACGCCCACCUGCCUCCGAGUCAGCUCUUGGGCUCCUUGCCCGACGGCCUGCCCGCCUCACCGCCCCCGGAUGACAGCUCGCCCCUGAAGGUCUUCCGCUGCCUCGUGUGCCAGGCCUUCGGCACAGACAACCUGGAGCUGCUGCUCUACCACUGCAGCGUGGGCCGGAGCCUCCCAGAGGCCGAGUGGAAGGAGGUGGCCGGGGACACGCACCGCUGCAAGCUCUGCUGCUACGGCACCCAGCUCAAGGCCAACUUCCAGCUGCACCUCAAGACCGACAAGCACGCCCAGAAGUACCAGCUGGCAGCCCACCUGCGGGAGGGGGGCGGGGCCGUGGGCGCCCCCUCCCCUGCGCCCCUUGGAGAGGGGGGCCCUUAUGGGUCUGUGCCCCCCCUGCACCUGCGGUGCAACAUCUGUGACUUUGAGUCCAACAGCAAGGAGAAGAUGCAGCUGCACACCCGCGGUGCAGCCCAUGAGGAAAACAGCCAGAUCUACAAGUUUCUGCUGGAGAUGGAGGGGGCGCCGGCGGGCCCCGAGCUGGGCCUCUUCCGCUGCCUGCUGUGUGCCUGGGAGACGCCCUCCCGCCUGGCUGUGCUGCAGCACCUGCGGGCGCCCGCCCACCGCGACGCCCAGGCCCAGCGGAGGCUGCAGCUGCUGCAGAGUGGCCCGGCCGCCGAGGAAGGGCUCUCGGCCCUCCAGAGCAUCCUGAGCUUCAGCCACGGGCAGCUCAGGACCUCCGGGAAGGUUCCUGUCACCCCCUUAGUAGAGCCGCCCACCCCUGAAAAAGAUGCUCAGAACAAGACAGAACAAUUGGCUUCUGAAGAGGCAGAAGACAAGAUGGGUCCUCCUGGAGACAGUGCCAUCCAGACCACGGUGUACUGCUGUCCGUACUGCAGCUUCCUGAGCCCAGAGUCUGGCCAGGUGAGGGCUCACACAGUCUCCCAGCAUGCAGUGCAGCCCAAGUACAGGUGCCCGCUGUGCCAGGAGCAGCUGGUGGGCCGGCCUGCCCUGCACUUCCAUCUCAGCCACCUCCACAACGUGGUGCCCGAGUGUGUUGAGAAGCUGCUGCUGGUGGCCACAACUGUAGAGAUGACCUUCACGACCAAAGUGCUGCCGGCGCCCAGCCUAAGCCUUCUGGGGGACAGCCCGGAGCCUCCCACGCCCCAGUCAGAGCCUGCACCCAGCAGAGAUCAGGCAGCAGAAGGCGCUCACCCGACCCCAGAAGCCAGUCCCAGUCCUCUUCCUGAGCCUCCCCCGUCCUCAGCGGAGGCCUCUGAUAAACCCACGGGAAGCCCCAACCAACCUCCUUCUCCAGUCCCAUCUCCAGCCUCUCGGCCUGAGGCCCAACCUGAAGAGAUGGCUCCGCCCCCAGCCAUGGCUGAAGAGGAAGAGGGACACGUCGGGGAGCCCCGCCCCGCAGAGCCAGCCCCAGCCGACCCUCGCCACCCCCUCACCUAUCGGAAGACCACCAACUUCGCCCUGGACAAGUUUCUCGACCCAGCCCGGCCCUACAAGUGCACUGUGUGCAAAGAGUCGUUCACACAGAAGAACAUCCUCCUGGUCCACUACAACUCCGUCUCCCACCUGCACAAGAUGAAGAAGGCCGCCAUUGACCCCUCCGGCCCCGCCCGGGGAGAGGCUGGCGCUGCCCCCGCCGCCCCGGCCGCCACCGACAAGCCCUUUAAGUGCACCGUCUGCCGCGUCUCCUACAACCAGAGCUCCACCUUGGAGAUCCACAUGCGCUCUGUCCUGCACCAGACUCGCUCGCGGGGCGCCAAGGCCGAUGCCAAAGCCGAGGGGCCGGAGCGAAGCCAAGAAGACCCCAAGGAGGGCGAGGCCGAGGGGGAGGUGGGCCCAGAGAAGAAGGGCCCUGACCCCGGGGGCUUCAUAUCUGGAUUGCCCUUCCUGUCCCCUCCCCCGCCUCCCUUGGACUUGCACCGAUUUCCAGCCCCCCUCUUCACCCCACCAGUCCUGCCGCCCUUCCCUCUGGUGCCCGAGUCCCUGCUUAAGCUCCAGCAGCAGCAGCUGCUCCUGCCCUUCUACCUCCAUGACCUCAAGGUGGGGCCCAAGCUGGCACUGGCUGGGCCUGCGCCCCUGCUGUCCCUGCCAGCUGCCGCCCCUCCUCCCCCACCCCAACCCCCUAAGUCUGAGCUGGCUGAGCGGGAGUGGGAGCCCCCCAUGAUGGAAGAGGGGAAUGAGGCAGGCCCCACCUCCCCGCCUCACCCGACGCCCAACGAGGCGGCCCGCACUGCAGCCAAAGCCCUUCUAGAAAACUUUGGCUUUGAGCUGGUGAUUCAGUACAAUGAAGGGAAGCAGGCUGCGCCCCCUCCCCCAACGCCACCCCCACCAGAGGCUCUGGGGGGUGGGGACAAGCUGGCCUGUGGGGCCUGUGGAAAGCUCUUCUCCAACAUGCUCAUCCUUAAGACCCACGAGGAGCACGUCCACCGUCGCUUUCUGCCCUUUGAGGCCCUCAGUCGGUACGCCGCUCAGUUUCGAAAGAGCUACGACAGCCUAUACCCACCCCCUGCAGAGCCGCCCAAGCCUCCUGAUGGGAUUCUGGAGUCACCUGCUCCCCAACUGGGCCCCCCCUUCCUGGUCUCAGAGCCCGAGGCUGGGGGUUCCCACGCCCCUGAGGAGCGAGGCCGGGCGGGAGGACGCUGGCCCCCAGAGGAGGAAGAAAGCUCCAGAGGGAGCCUCACUCCCCUAGUGCCUGCAGGCCGGCGAUUCUCCAGAACCAAGUUCACAGAGUUCCAGACCCAAGCCCUGCAGUCUUUCUUUGAAACCAGUGCCUACCCCAAGGACGGAGAGGUGGAGCGGCUCGCGAGCCUCUUGGGCCUGGCUAGUCGUGUGGUGGUGGUGUGGUUCCAGAAUGCCCGCCAGAAAGCACGCAAAAAUGCCAGUGAGGGUGGGCCUGUACCAACUGCAGGGGGCGCUGCUGGGGGCACUCCAGGCUGCAGGCGCUGCCAUGCCACCUUUUCCUGUGUUUUCGAGUUGGUGCGGCACCUCAAGAAAUGCUAUGAUGACCAGCCUCCUGAAGAGGAAGAGGAAGAGGCCGAGCGAGGGGACGAGGAGGAAGAGGUUGAGGAGGAAGAUGCGGAGGAAGAACAGGGCCCAGAACCCCCGGGAGGGCCUGGCGCUCCAUCACCAGAGCCUCCAGACAGGGAAGAGCCCAGCCAAGCAGAGGCCUCCAAGCCAGGCGGCAAAGAGCCUGAAGGGAGGGCCCCCGCCUCGCCUUCCGCCACGCACACCUGUGACCAGUGCGCCUCAUCUUUCCCCAGCCAGGACCUCCUGACCAGUCACCGCCGGCUACACUUCCUGCCUUCAGUGCAGCCCGGCACUGCCCCCCACCUCCUAGACCUGCCCUUGCUGGUGUUUGGGGAGCGAAACCCCCUGGUGGCAGGCACUCCACCCGUGCCAGGGCCGCCCCUCAAAAGGAAGCACGAGGAGGGUAGCCUGUCCCCCACAGGCAGCGAAGCAGGGGGGGGAGGGGAGGGCGAGCCCCCUAGGGACAAGCGCCUUCGCACCACCAUCCUGCCCGAGCAGCUCGAGGUGCUGUACCGCUGGUACAUGCAGGACUCCAACCCCACACGCAAGAUGCUGGACUGCAUCUCCGAGGAGGUGGGGCUCAAAAAGCGAGUGGUGCAGGUCUGGUUCCAGAAUACCAGGGCCAGAGAGAGGAAAGGUCAGUUCCGAAGCACCCCCGGGGGAGGGCCCGGUCCGGCUGUCAAGCCCCCAGCCACACCCACCCCUGCACCCUUCCCCAAGUUCAACCUCUUGCUGGGGAAGGUAGAGGAGGGGGCUGGGCGGGAGGCCCCCAAGAGGGAAGCAGCUGCUUUCCCCUACCCAGCGGCCACCCCUGCCACCCCUGCCGCCACCCCUGGGACUGCACCUCUGCCUUUCCCACCACCUGGGAAAGAGGCCACCACCCCAACCCUGGAGCCACCGCUAUCUCUCCCUCCUCCCCCUCCCCCCGGUGAGGAUGAGGGUUCUGAGGAACCCUCGAAAGCCUCUCCAGAGACUGAGGCUUGCAGUCCAUCUGCAGGAGACUUAAGCGAUUCGUCUGCUUCCAGCCUGGCUGAACCAGAGUCCCCUGGGGCUGGAGGGAUUGGUGGGGGACCGGGAGGUGGGUCUGGGGUUCCAGAUGGAGUGGGGCAGCGGCGCUAUAGGACCCAGAUGAGCAGCCUGCAGCUGAAGAUCAUGAAAGCCUGCUAUGAAGCCUACCGCACCCCAACCAUGCAGGAGUGCGAGGUGCUGGGAGAGGAGAUUGGGCUGCCCAAAAGAGUCAUCCAGGUCUGGUUCCAGAAUGCUCGUGCCAAGGAGAAGAAGGCCAAACUGCAGGGGGCAGCAGUUGGGGGUUCUGGGGGCAGCAGUGAGGGCCCCCUGGGAGCCCAGCGCACUGACUGCCCCUACUGUGAUGUCAAGUAUGAUUUCUAUGUCUCCUGCCGAGGCCAUCUCUUUUCCCGCCAGCACCUGGCCAAGCUCAAGGAGGCUGUCCGCGCCCAGCUGAAGAGCGAAAGCAAGUGCUACGACCUGGCCCCGGCCCCGGCCCCAGCCCCGGCCCCGGCCCCGGAGGCGCCCCUCGCUCCCAAGGCGCCACCUGCUACCACACCUGCCUCGAUGCCCCUGGGGACAGCUCCUGCCCUGCCUCGCCUGGCUCCGGUCCUCUUGCCCGGCCCAGCCUUGGCCCAGCCGCCACUGGGCAGCUUAUCUCCUUUCAGUUCAGGCCCUGCAGCCUCCUCCGGCCUCCUGGGCCUCACCACUUCGGUCCUGCCUGCUACCACAGUGGUCCAGACUGCUGGCCCAGGCUGCCCCUUACCUCAGAGACCUGUGCCAGAUCAAACCAACACCUCCACUGCAGGCACCACUGACCCUGUCCCGGACCCUCCUACUGAGCCCUCCGGGGACAAGGUCUCUGGUGAGCGAAAGCCAGUUGCAGCCCCUGCCACCCCCUCCACUGAUGCCCUCAAGAACCUCAAAGCAUUGAAGGCCACUGUCCCAGCCCUGUUGGGGGGCCAAUUUCUACCUUUCCCGUUGCCCCCUGCAGGGGGGGCCACACAGCCAGCUGUCUUUGGCCCCCAGUUACAGGGGGCCUACUUCCAACAGCUCUAUGGCAUGAAGAAGGGGCUAUUUCCCAUGAACCCCGUGAUACCUCAGACCCUCAUCGGACUGCUUCCCAAUGCCCUUCUCCAGCCACCGCCCCAGCCCCCUGAGCCCACAGCCACAGCACCCCCAAAGCCUCCUGAACUGCCUGCUUCAGGGGAAGGGGAGGCCGUGGAGGCCGAUGAGCUGCUGACGGGCAGCACUGGCAUCUCCACCGUGGACGUGACCCACCGCUACCUGUGCCGCCAGUGCAAGAUGGCAUUUGACGGGGAGGCCCCGGCCACGGCCCACCAGAGAUCCUUCUGCUUCUUUGGGAGGGGCUCUGGGGGCGCCAUGCCCCCCCCACUGCGGGUGCCCAUCUGCACCUACCACUGCCUGGCAUGUGAGGUGCUGCUGAGUGGGCGCGAAGCCCUGGCCUCCCACCUGCGCUCCUCGGCCCACAGGCGCAAGGCGGCCCCACCCCCCGGGGGCCCACCCAUCACCAUCACCAACGCCGCCACGGCCGCCACGGCCGCUGUGGCUUUUGCCAAAGAGGAAGCAAGAUUACCUCACUCGGACUCCAACCCAAAAACUACUACUACCUCUACACUUCUAGCUUUAUAAACAGAUAAACCAAGAUGGAGGCGGAGGGGAGGGCCUCAGGGCUCCCUCUCUUACCCUAAGGGGUGUCUGGUGGGAGCUCAAAUCCCUCACCCCAACCUUGGCUCCGCCCACCUCCUGGGAAGCUUCCAGUUCCCACCCUCAGUGGGCCUCACACCCGGCCUCCAGCAGUCCUGCCUCCUCCCUCUCCCCAGACACACAGAUCUCUGCCAGAGCUCCUUGGGGCUUGUCCCGUGCCCCGCCUUCACGGACACACACCUGGCCAUGCCCACUGCCCACUCCUGCCCCCGCCCCACCCAGCAUACAUGAACUGCCCCCCAGCUGCAUCUUCCUACGACUCCCCGCUGACUUCCCUGUCAGCCCCCAACUCCUGUAAACACAGACACACACACACACAAACACGUUAUCUCAUGCUGUUCACUGACUGAGAAAACACCAAAAAAAAAAAAAAAAAA